AUGAGUGUGACUGUCGCCGAUGGUUCGAGCGUGCUGCAGGAGCUGGAAGAAACCAUAGUACUGAAUGAAUUGUUGAACCAGGCCGACGACCCCGAAACCCUCCAGAGCUACAUUGGCAACCAGCAUCUCUACCAGAGCUGGCUUGGAAAGUACGGGGUUGCUGACCAGAACGACAUGGUCAGGAUCAACGUGCGGGCGAAAAACACCAGCAACCCGGAGGCGGAUCCGGCCUUUGAGGCGUACUGCAGCACGGGCGGCGGGUUCAUGUUCAUCACGUACAUGAACCGCGACCCGGCCAACACGGACAACAUCUACGCGGCAAACCACCCGCCGCGGCGACGCGUGCACAUGUCGGAGUGGAUCCACCGCGGCUGGAAGCUCGCGGCCCAGCAGGCGGGCCACGCCGCCGAGGCCCCGCUGCCGCCGCUCGGCGAGGUGGUCUUUGCCAACGUCGUCAACGUCGAGGCGUCGGCCGCCGUCGAGAGCAUGCGCCUCCGCACCCACGAGCGGGAGGGCGAGGUGUGCCGGCGCGACGCGCACGCCGUGUUCGAGAAGUGGCUGGCCAUGCCGCUGCUCAAGACCGUCAUGCACGUCUUGAUCAACAUGCCCAACGCCUUCCGCGAGCACGUCCCCGGCAGGAUAGCGUGGCGAAGCGGGGACGGCUGUUACAUCGGCGAGGGCCACGGCAACAACGAGUUCGAGCUCGAGGAUCGCUUCCUCGUCGUCAGCCUGAGGCCCAUGACGCGCCAGAGGAAGACCGAGGUGCAUGCCGCGUUGCGAGCCGAGGGGCAGCAGAACCAGCAACAGGCAGAUGCGCCCGCCUAA